AUGGCCAAAGCAGACGUCUCCCAGAGCCAAGUUGCGGCACUCAAAACUCAAUCGAGCACCGUUUUAUACCACAAUGCUCAGACUGGACUGAGAAUCGCGCAAACUGCCGAAUGUAAUGCGUUUAUCCGGGACAAGAUCGUGCCAACUGCAAUUUCGAACCGCGACAUCGAAAAGUGCCACAUUUGCUAUGCUACUAAGAAUACUAAGACAGAAGAGUUUGUUUCGGAGCUGCUGAACCAGCUGCAGCAGGAGAAAUGUCUCGUGUUGUUCGCGUAUGGACCCCACAUCCAACGCGCAGUGACCAUUUUGGAACUGGUCAAAACGCGUGCUGGAACCGAAACUCUACAACAAACAAACACACUGGAACGGUUCGUGAACGUGGUACCGGGCAGAAACGAACUGCUGGACCGGAAACUCAACGUGCCGAUUUUAGUUGCCGUGAUCUGCCGUAAGAAAUGA